UUUGACAUGGGUCGCCCCCACUGUUGCUCCCGGUCUCCUAUGUGGAUUUACAUACCCUGAUUUCCGUGGGACUGGGAAGUGAAAGAGGAGGGUAGAGAGACUUCCAGGAACUGAGGAAACGGACACAAACAGCGCAAUUUAACAAAUGGACAACUUUUAGCUCCGUCUUUGGCUGGCCUGUGACUUCUAUUCACCGGAAUAACGUUAACUUUACGCUUCUUUUUUUUUUUUUUUUUUUUCCUCCCUGUCUGCUCUCAAUAAUUGCGUGACUGGAUGAAUUUGUAGGCUGGAGGAGUGCGGCGAGGUUUUCGAAGAGGUCUGGAAACAGCUCGAGGUUUAAGGGCUGUGGCCAUGGCCGGGGGCGGUGGUGGAGGGGUUUCUCCGUUGGGGCCCGCACCUCCGAUGUGGUAUCACCGGGACCUGAGUCGAGCUGCGGCCGAAGAGCUGUUGGCCAGAGCCGGGAGAGACGGCAGCUUCCUGGUGCGGGACAGCGAGAGUGUGAACGGAGCGUACGCUUUGUGUGUCCUAUUUCAGAAGCAUGUCCACACAUACAGGAUCCUCCCAGAUGAUGAAGGAUUUCUGGCUGUACAGACAUCUCAAGGUGUGCAGCCUAAGCGAUUUAAAACGUUAGCAGAGUUGGUUUUGUUGUACCUUCAGCCCAGCCAGGGUCUGGUCACCACCCUGCUUUUCCCUGUGGACAGAGAGGAAACAGCUGUCAGCGAUGACCGGGACUAUUCAGAUGGGGAGGAUGAGAAGCCACCCCUCCCUCCUCGCUCCGCCUCCACCUCCACUUCUCCUGGACCAGAAACACCCACUGAAAGCGCCCCAGCAGCUAACGGCCUGAGCACAAUCUCCCAUGAUUACCUGAAGGGCAGCUACGCUCUGGACCUUGAGGCAGUCAAACAGGGAGCCAGCUCCCUACCUCACCUCAACAAGACACUAGUGGCCUCCUGCAAGCGCCUAAAUGGGGAGGUGGAUAAGGUUUUGUCUGGUCUGGAGAUCCUGUCCAAAGUAUUUGAUCAGCAGAGUGCUUUCAUGGUCUCCAAGAUGAUCCAGCAGUCGGUGAAUCAGGGUGGAGACCAGGAGUUGGAGAACCUUGUGACCAAGCUGGCGAUACUCAAAGACCUGCUGUCCUCCAUAGAGAAGAAGGCUCUAAAAGCUCUACAGGACAUGAGUCUGUCCUCUCCAUGCUCCCUUCCUCCUCUCUCCAUGCGUCACAGCAAAGCCAUCCCUGUGCAGGCAUUUGAGGUGAAGAUGGAUGUUUACCUGGCAGAGCUGACAAAGAUUGGAAAGAGUCAAAAGUACACGCUCUCUGUGGACGUGGAGGGAGGACGACUGGUGGUGAUGAAGAAGGUGAAGGACAGCCAAGAAGAUUGGACCACGUUCACACAUGACAAGAUCCGUCAGCUGAUCAAGUCACAGCGGGUGCAGAAUAAACUGGGCAUUGUUUUUGAGAAGGAGAAGGACAAGAGCCAGAGGAAGGACUUCAUCUUUGCCAGUGCCAAGAAGCGGGAGGCCUUUUGUCAGCUGCUGCAACUGAUGAAGAACAAACAUUCCAACCAGGACGAGCCAGACAUGAUCUCCAUCUUUAUAGGCACCUGGAAUAUGGGCUCAGUGCCUUCUCCCAAGUCUGUGGCCUCGUGGGUGUUGUGUCGCGGCCUCGGGAAGACUCUAGACGAGAUGACGGUCACCAUCCCCCAUGACCUUUAUGUGUUCGGAAGCCAAGAAAACUCAGUGUGCGAUCGGGAGUGGGUGGAGUCGCUGCGUGCCAUGUUGAAGGAGCAGACAGAACUGGAUUAUAAACCGAUCGCAGUACAAACUCUGUGGAACAUAAAAAUAGCUGUGUUGGUGAAGCCUGAACAUGAGAACAGGAUCAGCCAUGUGGGGAUGUCCAGUGUCAAGACGGGCAUCGCCAACACACUCGGUAACAAAGGAGCAGUGGGCGUGUCCUUCAUGUUCAAUGGGACGUCCUUUGGCUUUGUGAAUUGUCACUUAACAUCAGGGAAUGAGAAGAUUGCCAGGAGGAACCAGAACUACCUAGACAUCCUCCGCCUGUUGUCACUGGGAGACAAACAGCUGAGCUCCUUUGACAUCUCACUCCGCUUCACACACCUCUUCUGGCUGGGAGACCUCAACUACAGGCUGGAUAUGGACAUACAGGAGAUUUUAAACUACAUUAACAGGAAGGAGUUUGAUCCCCUGCUCAAGGUGGACCAGCUCAACUUGGAGAGAGAGAAGAACAAAGUCUUCUUACGCUUCGCGGAGGAGGAGAUCUCAUUCCCGCCAACCUACCGUUAUGAACGUGGCUCAAGGGACACAUAUGUCUGGCAAAAACAAAAGGCUACAGGGAUGAGGACUAAUGUUCCAUCCUGGUGUGACAGGAUCCUGUGGAAGUCAUACCCAGAGACACACAUUGUUUGCAACUCCUAUGGCUGUACAGAUGAUAUUGUGACCAGUGAUCAUUCCCCUGUGUUUGGUACCUUCGAGGUUGGGGUGACGUCCCAGUUUGUCUCCAAGAAAGGUCUGCCAAAGUCAUCAGAGCAGGCCUACAUCGAGUUUGAGAGCAUCGAGGCCAUAGUAAAGACGGCGAGCAGAACCAAGUUCUUCAUUGAAUUCUACUCCACUUGUCUCGAAGAGUUUAAGAAGAGUUACGAGAACGACAGUCAGAGCAGCGACAAUGUCAACUUCCUGCGUGUGGGCUGGUCCAACAAGCAGCUAACGACGCUCAAACCUCUUCUCUCAGAGAUUGAAUACUUGCAGGACCAACAUCUGCUGCUUACUGUGAAAUCACUGGAUGGAUACGAGUCCUACGGAGAGUGUGUUUUGGCGCUGAAGUCUAUGAUUGGCAGCACAGCACAGCAGUUCCACACCUACCUGUCUCACCGUGGGGAGGAAACAGGAAAUAUCAGGGGGUCCAUGAGGGUCCGAGUCCCCUCCGAGAGGAUGGGAACCAGGGAGAGACUCUACGAGUGGAUCAGUGUGGACAAGGACGAGACAGGUGGACCUAAAGGGAAAUCCACUUUGGUAUCCAGAGUGGGACAUGAAUAUGUCAAGCCAUCUGUGGUUCGUAAACAGCUUGGAGAGCUUGGAAAGGUCAGCGAGGAGGCUGAAAGGAGCUGCAAGGAGGAAACCGCUGCAAGGCCUAAACAGGAAGCACCUGAAGGGGAUUCAUCGAUCUGCAAGAACAGCUACAAUAAUCCCGCCUACUACAUCCUGGAAGGUGUUCCCAACCAAUCAGCAGCUGCUCUUUCACCUGAGCUUCUCCCAUCUCCUAACUCUGCAAACCCUCAGAUAGCUAAACCCCCUCCUCCCUCUGCUGUAGCUCGCACCAAACCCCCUUAUGGGGCCUCAGGAUCCUGUCAUGCACGCAGGCCCAUGACUGGACAUCCAGUGCGCGCUAUAAGCGAAGAGGGCUCCUCAGAGGACGAUGGAGGUACCUGUGCAGCAGGAGCACAGGUGGUUGGUAUCGUAGCAACAGUUGGGACAACACUGACUCGCCCCCCUCCUGACUUCCCCCCUCCUCCUCUACCUAAGGGAGCACUGGAGAUGGUUGCAGAGGCCCCUUUUCCCAAACCCCGUCCUAUUUACCCAGACCUAGCUGAGGUCAGGAUCCCAGCAGCCAGUCCUGCUAACCCACUGGCACUUGGAGAAGGUUUUAGAAGAGGAGGGGGAGGAGGAGGAGGAGGAGGAGGUGGUGGUGGUGGAGGAGCGCUGGACGACCAGUCGUGUUCUGUGCUCCAGAUGGCAAAGACACUGAGUGAGAGUGAAUUUCCUGGGCAGCCUCCACGAGCUCCGUCCGCACCACCGCCUCUUAGAGGGCAGCCGAUGGGUUUAGGUUUGGACGCCUGCCGCACUUUCCCGCCCAGAAAUCCCAUCACAGAAAGUAUCGCAGAGGACAUGCCGGAGGAGGCACUUUGGGGCAGCAGCAGCUCGUCUUUGUCUGUUGGCGAGUCAUCAGUAGGGGAGUGGCUGCAGAGACUCGGACUGGAGAGGUAUGAGCAGGGUCUUCUACACAACGGCUGGGACGACCUGGAGUUCCUCAGUGACAUCACUGAGGAGGACCUUGAGGAGGCGGGAGUGCUUGACCCUGCCCACAAGAGAAUCCUGCUGGAGAGCCUCAGGCAGCAGCCGCAGCAGCAACAGAAAUAAACUCUUUCAAACUGGUCUUUGACUGGUCCAAACUGGUCCUGUUACCAUACCAAGAGGCUAAAGCUCAGCUGAGCUGAACUGAACUGAGGCAGACCGUGCCAUUUGAUGCCAGACUGUGCCUUCUACAAGAGAAUUUGCACUUCAUUUGUACUUAAAAAAAACACUUGUUGAACCACCAUCCUUUUUUUUCACAUGUACUGUAUGUGUGUUGUUUUUGUUAUAUAGGCGGCCUUAUUUAAUUAUUAUCAACACAGUCCAUCGAGCAUAACUACAUAACCCUCAGCUAUAAAACUAGUGUCGAGAUGUCAAAUGAGAAACUGUUAUUUUCAGAGGUAUUUUCGUUCCAUCAGAUCUGACUUCAAGCGUCUUCAAGCUAAUGUUUGUUUUCCUCUCUUUGUCCUGAGAAACCUCAACUAAGGAGUGACGGAGUACAAGACUCCUCCGAGGACUUUUUGUGUGACACCAGAGCCUUGAAAACACACCACCUGUGUUUUGCAUUUUCAACCCUUGUUUCUGUGAUGUGUUUAUAGUUUUGUUUGUUGUUACUCAAUGAUAAAGGGAAUUUGGAGCAAACAAACCAAACCAGACAAGCUUCAAUUGGCAUAUUUCACCUCGGUUCAACAUUCACGUUUAAGGACGUAAACAUUUCAUAUGACAGAAGAAGACAAAUCUUUAUUUAGAAUAAUAAGACCCAGCUUUGAUGGGUCACAUUUUUCAAUCAUUUCUCAUCACAGUGUGUGAAUGUAGCGGUGUUUAGGCAACUGGUUAGCAUAGCCAAAUAGAUAAGCUAAUGCUCUUCUGGGAAAGAUUUAACAAGGUUUUUUUAUUAUCAUAAUCAUGUAGAAACCAAAACAUUUUUUUUUAAAUAGUCUGGAAAAAGUCUGGUUUCUUUCUUUUUGUGAUAUAACUAAAGACUUGACCUAGUGGACGAAGAUUUCACCUCUCAUGAUACAUUGAAAACAGAAAUGUCAGGUUUCUUCAGGAUACAGAUGAUGUAAGGGCUGUUGUUAUUCGCUGGUUUCACCAGCAGAAGGCGCUGCUGCUCCAUAAACCUCUGCUAUAGACGCUAACUGGAAACUAUCAGAACAACACACAAUCAAGUCAAAGGAGUUAUACUUUGGUUUAUCAAUAUGUUGUUUAGGCAGUUAAAACCUGAGUUAUAUAACCUGUCAGUGUUCAUACUGCCUUUUUCUUCAUUCAAAUCCUGCCUCAUUUUCUGCCUUUGUGACUAGAAGCUAAACAGAUGAGCCAGUUUAUUGACGUCUUAUGAGACACUGCCAGAAAACAGAACUCUAAAUGAAUGUGUUGUUGCAUUAAACAAACAUUUUUUUAACACGUCACAUGUCUAAACGUGUUUAAAUAAUUGUAACCGUUUAAUUCAUGUCUGGAAAUGAUCCUCGUUUUCUUUUUUGUGACCCAUUUUUUUUUGGGGGCUCCUGAUUACUUGUGUGUUGUGGUUUUUGUUAAACAGUUUGUUUUAUCAUCAACAGCCAAGCAACCUUAAUGCAGAAAAUUCAGCUUGCAAUCUUGUUAACAAUCUAGUCUUCUGAGCCUUCUUGGCCUUAUCUGUGUGCGUGCGUGUGUGUGUGUGUGUGUGCGUGCGUGCGUGUGCGUGUGUGUGAGAUUGAAAAAGAGGCUCAUGGUCUCUAACACACUCCUUUUCUUUUUUUCCCUUCAUGGCGUCUCUUUUCUUUCGGUUAUGUUAAGUUAAUGUAUGUUGUUGAACCAUGCCAUUUUUUUUCUAUUAAAAUGUAACAUCUUUCCUUA